AUGCCGGGGCAAUGACAGCAGCCAUCAGUGCAGCGGAGGCAGGCACGCGGUUCCACACCUGCCCUUUGCACCCACCCUCUUUUCAAUUCGCCCUUCGUUCCACCUCCCCUCCUCCCUCCCUUCCACCCGCCAGAUGCCGGUGCUGGACGGGUACGGGGCGACAGCGGCCAUCAGGGCAGCGGAGGCAGGCACGCGGUUCCACACGCCCAUAGUGGCGCUCACAGCACACGCCAUGACCAGCGAUGAGAAGAAGUGCCUCGAUGCGGGCAUGGACGCGUACCUCACCAAGCCCAUCGACCCGGCUCUCAUGGCGCACACGCUGCUUUCUCUUAUGACCCGCUACCCGCGCUGCUGCGUUCCUCACAUUGAGAGCAUUGCGGAGGGUGAGGAGGGGAGUGUGACAGUUGACGUUGCAGCAGACGCGUCUGCGUCUGUGAGAGGGGUGGGAGGAGCUGGUUCUGGUUCAGCUGGGGGGGCCCGGCCAGCGUCUCCUGCUGCUGCUCUUGGGCGUCUGGAUGCGGGCAUGGACGCGUACCUCACCAAGCCCAUCGACCCCGCCCUCACGGCGCACACGCUGCUCUCCCUCAUGACCCGCUACCUGCUCUGCUGUCUUCCGCACUGUGAGAGCAUUGCGGAGGGGGAGGAGGGGAGUGCAGCAGUUGACGUUGCAGCUGACGGUACUGCGUCUGGGGGAGGGGUAGGUGCAUCUGGCUCUGCUGGGGGGGGAGCGGCCGGUGUCUCCUGCUGCGGCUCUGGUGGUGACCAUACAGCCGUGAGCCAGUGUGCUGGGCUGCAAGCAAGCAAGCAAGCAGGUGCGCCAGCAAGCAAGCAGGCGCACCAGCAAGCAAGCAGGCGCACCAGCAAGCAAGCAGGCGCACCAGCAAACAAGCAGGCGCACCAGCAAGCAAGCAGGUGUGGACGAGUGUGGCCCAGGGAGCAGACAGGUGUGGCCCAGGGAGCAGACAGGUGUGGCCCAGGGAGUAGCCGUGGUGCUGUGUGCAGCAGGGGCAGGGCAGAGGAAACAGAUCCAGCCAAGCACGAGAAGGAUUUGGUAGCAGCAAAAGGGGAGAAAGAGCUGAGCCAUUACAGAGGUGGAGAGGAGUGUUCUGUGGCAUGA